AUCGAAUUUUCAAAUAUAUUUAGUACGCGAAAGAUACAAAUUAAUUUUAUCGCACAUGUAAACCCUACUUAAAGUCUGACGUUGUAGAUUUAACAACAUUUCUUUGUUCUCGGAUGAGAACAUAAAACAUAAAUACUUGUUGCUGCGUGGACUAGACGGUUUAAACAAACUAAUUAGUUGGUAUGAAGAGCGUUGGAGAAUGGAGAUUAAGUUGAUUUGGAUCAUCGUUUUAGCGGCUGUUUCGCUGGGGCAGAUUUCUCAAUGUGGGCCGAGGAGUAUGAAAAACAUUGUGCAUGGACAUGAGUCGGGCUUAGGCCUACCCCACAACAAAGUUGCAAUCGUCUCCAGAAGUGCCUUUAGGGGCGGCGACGACACUAAACAAUACCCCCUGCAAACAACCCGUAGCAGUUACAAGCCUGAGACUUCCGACAAGAUGUCUAGCCUCCCAAAGAAGAGGAAGAGGAAAAUGAGGAUGAUAAGACACAAACGCUGGUUCGGUUCGAAAGAAGCCGUAAAUAAGGCUGUGGAGAAUGCUGACGAGAUCGCAGAUAACCUUCUCAGACACGGGCACAAGGCGAUGAGAGAACAUCAUACCCGCGAGCGACUGGAGACGGCGGCCGCACGCCGGACUACGUUCGCCGUCUGCUUCGGCAUCAUGGGAUGCUGCUUUGUCUGCACGGUGUUGACCGUCAAGAAACUCUGCUCGUAUGGCUAAGCACUACAACACCGGCCGUCAAAGUUGAUGUUUUACGAGACCACGGCGCCUGUAAGCUAGCGCAACGACAUUUUCCCUGCAAUAUCUUUUUUGGCUUCGGACUUAUAAAUUGCACGUAUACAUUUUAAAACGGGUGAGAGUGUCGGGAAAUCUGGAACUUGGUUUGUCACUUUUCCUGCUGUUUUUUUUUGUUUGUUUGCUUGUUGGGUUUUUUUGUUUUCCGGGUGCGGGAGGAACUAGCCGCAUCCCUUGCUACCCUCAACUCGCGACGCUAUCGCCAGACGUACGUGCUGCAUAUUGUUAUAACGAAUCCUUUGGAAUCCGCGGGAUUUUUUUUCUUCAGAAAGAAAACCCAACAACUAAUGCAGCUAGGAGCGUGCGCUGCAAUAAUUAAUUCAUACCGAUUGUACGAAGAAAAAAACCCGCAUAAACUUGCGAUUUCAAAAUGAAGAUAUAUUUUACAUAAUACAUUCAGGUAUACCAAUGAACGCAGGACAACUGUACUUGUUGGGA